GCUACUGUACAACAGACGCGAAAGUGGAGAUCCAAUAACAAACGCGCAAGCUAGAAUCAUCACGAUACGUAAAUGGCAAGAACGGUGGAGACGGCAAGAACAUGUAAAUUUUUAUCUCUCUCAGUUUUUCACUGGACAUGGACUUUUUAACGACUACCUGCAUCGUCUCAAGCUGACAAACACACCGCAG